UCAAGGAACACGUGUUAGGGACAAUUACAUCUUCCAAAUUAUCAGAUUCUUUAUAAGUUUAAUUCCUACGUAAAUAAGCACAGUAUUGCCAUUCACCUCAGAAUGAAUUACUGUUUAUUUUAAUCCCUAACAAAGCUUAUUUACAUUUUCCCAAGAGGUUAACAUUCAGCGUGAUGUAAUAAUAAAAACGCUUUCAUCGCUGAAGGAAACUCCAAAAAAGUACUUGUUUCGGUUUUUAAAUCAUAAGGUUCAAAAAUAGAAAAAGUCAAAAUGUCACGCAAAGGAUCUACAAACGAUCCUUUGGAAUUGCAACCCCUGAAUCCAGGAGGCGAGGAAACUGAUUUUGAGGCAAGUCCCGUGGGAAAUGUGGCAAGUCCUGCAGAAAAAGGGGCAAGUCCUACAGAAAAGGGUGCCAGUCCUGUGGAAAAGGGGGCAAGUCCUGUUGCAAAGGGAGCAAGUCCUGCGGAAAAGGGGGCAAGUCCUGUGGAAAGGGGGGCAAGUCCUGUGGAAAGGGGGCCAAGUCCCGCGGCAAAAGGGGCAAGUCCUGUGUCAAAAGGAGCAAGUCCUGUGAAAAAGGGUGCAAGUCCUGUGGCAAAAGGAGCAAGUUCUGCAGAAAAAGGGGCAAGUCCUAUGCCAAAUGGUGUCUCGGACAAAGUACAAAUGAAAAAGCAACUAGGUUUGCUAGAAGGCGUUGCUAUUAUUUUGGGCAUCAUACUCGGAUCAGGUAUUUUUAUAUCGCCAAAGGAAGUAAUUGAAGAAGUUGGAAGUGUAGGGCUCUCAUUAAUACUUUGGGUACUAUGUGGAUUGCUUUCGAUGAUCGGUGCUUUAUGCUACACUGAAUUAGGAACUAGUAUUCCACGUAGUGGUGGAGAUUAUGCCUAUAUUAAAGAGGCCUUUGGCAACUUGCCAGCAUUUUUGUAUUUAUGGGCAGCUAAUGUAAUCUUCGUACCAACUACAAACGCCAUCAUGGCCUUGACCGUAGCUAAAUAUGUUUUACAACCUUUUUAUUAUGGCUGUGAUGUUGUUCCCGCAGACGCCGAACGAUUAAUAGCAGCCGCUGUGAUAUGUUUCUUAACUUUCCUUAAUUGCUACGGUGUUAAGGAAACUUCAAAAAUGCAAAAUUUUUUCAUGUUUGCUAAAAUCGGCGCUGUGGCUCUAAUUAUUCUCUCCGGCUUGGUUUGGCUCGCAAUGGGACACAACGAAAGCUUUCAAGAACCGUUCAAAAAUACGAAGUCCCAACCUGGUAAAAUUGCAGUUGGAUUCUACUUAGGUAUAUUUUCUUACUCUGGCUGGAAUUAUCUCAAUUUCAUGACUGAAGAAUUGAGGAAUCCCUACGUAAAUCUUCCACGUGCGAUUUAUAUAUCACUGCCACUUGUAACGUUGGUUUACGUAUUAACGAACGUAGCGUAUCUGGCUGUAUUAUCGCCAUAUGAAAUGUUGCAAUCCAAUGCAAUUGCUGUUUCUUUUGGAGAUAAAAUUCUUGGAGUAAUGUCAUGGACGAUACCACUAAUGGUGGCUGUUUCGGCUUUUGGAGGCCUAAGCGUUCAUAUCAUGACAUCUUCGAGAAUGUGCUUUGUGGGAGCUCGGAAUGGACACUUUCCAUCGAUGCUAAGUCACAUCAAUGUCAAUAAAUAUACGCCAACGCCCGCUUUAGUAUUUAUGUGCAUCUUAUCGCUGAUUAUGCUCUGUACGAAUAAGUUGGAUGUUCUUAUCACAUAUUGCACCAUUGUCGAAUCGUUCUUCAUCAUGCUAUCUGUGGCUGGAAUUCUUUGGAUGAGGUAUAAAAGGCCGGAGAUGGCUCGACCAAUCAAGAUUUCUCUCUGGGUUCCUAUAGUCUUCGUUGUAAUUUGCGCGUUUCUCGUGAUCGUUCCAUGCUACGAACGACCUUUCGAAGUCGGAAUGGGUGCACUUAUUACCUUAUCAGGUAUUCCUGCCUACUUGUUUGGCGUUUGUUGGAAAAAUAAACCAGCCAAGUUCGAGGAGCUUAACAUUAAAAUAACUCACGCAGUCCAGAAACUAUUUAUGGCUGCGAAAGAGGAACACGAUGAUUGACUUUGGCUUUUUGAUCUCAAUUUAUGGAGAAAUUUAAAACUCUAGAGACUGUCUAGACAAUAAGAAAUCAAUUUUUAAGUCAGGAAAGAUCGAUGUCAGUGUCAAAGUCACAACGACGACGCACCAACGUUCAACGACUUAUUUUAAACUCAGGAUUGAAUAGAAAUCUCAACUAGAACUCUGGUGGAUAGAUGCAAUAGUCUACGUUUUUAUUUAGAAAAUCUCAAGAUACUUUUUCCCCCGAAUCUCGAGUCUUUUUUUCUUUUCUUUUCUCUACUAUUUUCUAGUAAGGUUGACUAGGUCGCAAGAGUUUAUAUACAAACUUAAUCAUUUUUAUAUUUAGUCAAAGUGAAGAGA